AUGACUAUUAAUUGGCUUGGUUUUAAAGGCAGAGUAUAUCAGGUAAUUCGUGAUAAUUCUAUUAGAAUGAACGGACAUGUGUAUAAUACUCUUGAUGAUUUGUGCAUUUUGAAUUAUUUCAAAGUGAAACAUAGAUCGUCUAACAAUUCCACGCCUGUUGAGAUUUGCUGGUCUCCUCCAAAACAUGGUGAAAUUAUGAUUUGUUGUGAUGGCGCUGCGCUUGGGAAUCUAGGCCAAGCUGAUGCAAGUGUUAGUUUUAGAGAUGCUAACUCUAGAGUAGUUGGUGCUUUGUGUGUUGGCCUUGGCUGGCAGACUGAUUUUUACGCUGAAGUGUGUGCUAUUAUUUAUGGCCUGAUGUUGGCCAAGAGAUGGAACGUUAAGAGGAAUUGCGUAAGAUCUGAUUCAAUGAGUUGCAUUCAAGCUUUACAAAAUGAAUAG